GAAGCCCCGCCCCCGCUGGCAUGGCAGCGGCGACGCUGCCAAUAAGCCCCGCCCAAUUUCCAUGGCAACGGGAUGCUCCCAUUAAGCCCCGCCCCCGUUACCAUGGCACCACCACGCUCCCUUCAAGCUCCGCCCCCGUCGCCAUAGCAGCAGAGACGCUCCCGUUAAACCCCGCCCCUGUUGCCAUGGCAGCAGAGCCGCUCCCGUUAAACCCCGCCCCUGUUGCCAUGGCAGCGAGGGACGCUCCACGCAGGCCCCUCCCCCGUUGCCAUGGCAGCGAGGACGCUGAGGCCGGGCCCUGAUGGCGGCCGAGCGGCCGGAGCCGGGUCCGGACGCGUCGCUGGUGUCGCUGUACCGCUGGCUGGACACGGUGCCACUGUCGCGGCCGCGCAAGAACAUCGCCCGCGACUUCAGCGACGGGGUGCUGGCGGCCGAGGUGGUGAAGUUCUUCUUCCCCUCGCUGGUGGAGCUGCACAGCUUUGUCCCCACCAGCUCCACGGCGCAGAAAGUCGCCAACUGGGGCCACCUCAACAGGAAAGUGCUGAGCAAGCUCAACCUGUGGCUCCCGGAUGAGAUGAUCCAGGCGCUGGUGCGGAGCCGGCCGGGAACGGCCGAGCAGCUCCUGCAGCUCCUGAGGGCCAAAAUCCUCCAGAGGCAGAGGAACGGCAAGGGAGGAGUCGGAAGCCGCCAGCGGAUCCGGCAGCGCUGGACGAGGGCGGGUACCUGGACACAGGCGGGCUCAGCGCUGUCCCCACGGCCGUGUCCCCGCGCCAGGGCGGUGACAGUGGCGGUGCCAGCGCAGCCGGGGGGUGGCCCUGGGGACAUGCGACAGCAGCUGGCGGACCGCGAGCGGGCGCUGCAGCUGGCGCGGGACACGAUCCAGAUCCUGCAGGCCAAGGUGGCGCGGCUGGAGCAGCUCCUGCUCCUCAAGAACCUCCGCAUCGACGACCUGAGCCGGCGGCUGCAGCAGCCCCAGGGCCCCCGCCGCUGA